AUGCAGCUCUGUCUGCUCCUGCGCCUCCUGUGCUCCAUCUGGCGCUCCUCCUCCUCUCCCCUCCUCCCUCUCCUCCUCCACCUCCGCUCCAACCCCACCCUCUGGUCCUCCCUCUCCUCCAUCCUCCACUCCUCCCCCUCCUCUCCCUCCCCAUCCCCCUCCACACUCCCCUCCCCUCCCUCGCUCUCCUCACUCUCCCCUUCCCUCGGCACCUCCUCGUCGUCCGCUGACGUGGAAUACGCCCCCGCUGAGCUGGCGCAAGCUGGCUGGCGCUGGCGCUCCCACGCCGCCGCCCUGCGCCUCGUCUCCCUCAACCUAUUCCUGGAGAAGAAGCUUCCUGGAAAAUACUCAGCCGGAGGAGCGGCAACAGGAGCGGGGAUGCUGCUGCUAGAGGCGAGCGGAGGAGGGACGAAGGGAGGAGAGGGGGUGGGGUUGGUGCAGGAACUGGUGGGGGUGGUGGAGGGAGGGGGGCGGCUGUGGGGCGACAUGUGGCAGGCUUGGAGCAGCGGACAGCUGGCAUGCAAGCUGUUGGCGGCCGUGCUGAUGUGGCGGGUGGCUGUUGGUGACGUGGAGGGAAUGAGCCUGCGACUGCUAGAGCAGAUUCACUCCAUCUCCUUCCAAGUGAUUUCCUUCUUAUUUGCGCAAUUCUUCCCUUUCUCCCCUUCCCUUCCUCUCUCAUCUCACGGUUCUCAAUCCACUUGCCUCAACUCUCUGCCGUGCACUCUCUGCGGCACAUUUCACCUGAUUUUUUUUCAUAGCUGCCAUUCUCCCCGUCUCUUUAUCCCCAUCUUCCGCAUGCAGUUCUUUUCACACCCACUUCUGCAGCAGCUACGCCAUCAGCUCUCCUCAAACCACUUCUCCCCUCACCACCACCCCUCUGACUGGAAACCCGCUCUCCUCUCCGCCCUCUGCUCCUCAAUCUCCUCUCAGCUCCCCUCUUCCCUCUCCUCUCUCUCCUCCCUCUCCUCCCUCCUCUCCUCCACUUCCCUCCUCGCUUCCUCCACCUCCUCCCUCACACCCUCCUCUCUCUCCUCCUCCUCUCUUGCCAUAGCCGAACGCUGCCUGGACUCGGUGGAAGCUGCUGGGAAGCUUCUACGGGCCCUGGCAGGGGCAGCAGUAGCAGAGGGAGGAGUGGGAGGCUUGCUGAGAGGGGGGUUGGAGUUAGGAGGAGGGGCAGCAGCAGGAGGGGCAGCAACAGGAGGGGAAGCAGGAGGGGAAGCAGGGCAGGAGCAGGGAGCAGCAGCAGAAGCGAGGGUAGAGCGGUUAGAGAGCAUUGCAGGCAGCAUUACUACUGCCUUCUUUCCACGCAGCCUCACUGCCUCGGCUGGUCUCCGCUGCUGGGGCAGCAGCGACAGCAGCGGUUGUGGCGGUGCCAGUGCUGGUGGUGGUGGUUCUGCUAGUGAAAAGUCACCGCCCCUUGCCCUGGUGGCAGCAGCAGCAGAGGCGUGUUUGAUAGCAGAUGGGUUCCUGUGGCAAGCAGGGGGGCUGCUGGGAGCAGCACGGGCUGCAGGAGACGUGCUGGCAGUCAGCAGCGGGGGGGGACUGAGCGGUGCAGAUGGGUUUCAGGGGAGUACGGUGGGUGCGGAGGAUCCUUGGGCGGUGCAGUGGGGUGCAGAUGGGUCGGCUGCGGUUGAGCACUCGUUUCUUGAGAGCACUAUCACCGCUCUCUCCUCCUCGCUCCUCGUUGCGUGCUCUUCUGUCCUCCCUCUCCCGCCCUCCUCGCCCUCCUCCCCUCCUCUCCCCUCCCCAGCUGCCUAUCUCUCCUCCUCCUCUCGCCUUCUCCACCUCUUAAUCAUCCGAUGGACCCACCACCAGAAGCAGGAAAUUCAGAGGAAGCUUCCUGGUCAAGAAAGUCAACAGAGCCUGGCAAGUCAACAGGGUGUCUUAGAAUCCGCUGCUUCGUUUGCCUCGACCCUCGUGAGAAGGCUCAUGGAAGCUUCCCGGAAGCUGAUGGAUGCUGAGCUGGCAGAACUCGUGGGGCCCUGGCCCGCCGUGUCGACACUUGGCAGCCUGCUAUCGGUCCUGCAGCUGAUCCACGUCCUGCUGACGUCAGAGCAGAGGAGGAGCGAGUUACCAGGUUCAUCCGACACACCUGCCACUGUCUCCCUGCUACAAGACAAAACAGCUGACGUCACUGUGGUGCUUUCAGAGAACCUUCCCGUGCUCCUCGAGGCAGCUUCCUCGAACAUCCAAGAAGACGCGCAGGGAUUCAUCGGCGCGGCAGACGCUUCCAGGAACCUUCCGAUGCAAGCUCUAUCAGUGGUGGAAAUGGCGCUCAGGUGCUUCCUCUCCCCCCUAACAUGGCGACCUCUGGUAUCCGCCCAUCUCUCCCUCCCCUCCCUCCUCUCCUCCACUCUCCAGUACCGCCCUCCACCCUCACAAGAAGCCACCGCCGCAGCAGCAGCUGCUGGGAACACCACAUGGGACGGAGCAGUUGCAUAUUCCUCUCUCUCCUCUCGUUCCUCUCGCUCCUCUCGCUUCUCUCGCUCUGCAUCUGCGCGGGUGGUGCUCAGUCUCUGCCUCACCCUCUCAUCCACGCGUGAGGGCGCAGAUCUUCUCCUGGCCGUUGGAUUCCUGCGCCACGUCAGCACCAUCACUGACAGCCUGCCGCCUCACUCCCACCUCAGCGUCGGCCCUUUCCAGGAAGCUUCUGCCGCCUUUGGGGGGCUGUAUGCUGAUAGGGGGGGUUCGGAUUUCAAUGCAGCGGCAGCGGCAGCGGCAGCGGCGGCGGCAGCGGCAGCAGCAGCAGCGGCAGCAGGGGGGGUAGCAUGGAGGGCAGCAGGAGGAACAGGGGUGUGGGGACGGUUGGGCACAGGCACGGCGGGAGGUUUGGGCCUCUGGGGUGCGAAGCGGCAGCAGGGACAGGCUGGGUUUGGAGCAGGUUCGGCGGGUCAAACCAAGCCUGGAGGUUCGGAAGCGGGUGGGAAGUCCGGACUGGGGGUAGGAGACGGGAAAGGAGGAGGAGCGGCCGCCGUUCGUCGUCUGCAUUCAGAGUACACGGAUACUGUAGCAAUCGAGGUGUACUCUCUCGCUCUCCACUCCCUACACUUCCUCACUUCCCUCCUCCGCAGAUAUUUCCCCUCGACCGCUGACAUGGCGGGGGGGUGUGCUGACGUGGCAGGAAUGCAGCAUUGGGCAGGGAGGGGGAUGGGGGGAGGGGAGGUAGGCGAGUGGGGGUCGAUGGGAGGGUUUGGGGGAGGAGGGGGAGGGGUGAUGGCGGGGGUAAUGGGAGGGGCGGCAUCUGCAGUCGUGGUGAUGGGGGUUGGUGCGCCUGUGCUGCCGGCACCAGAGGUGCUACACGGUUUAGAGGACCAAGCAGUGGCAAUCAUUCUAGACAUUCUCGCAUCUGCAGACCAAACCAACCACCACCCCUCCUCAUCCACCACCCCAAGUCAACCCCCCACCAACCCACCCACCUUCAACCCCUCCUCUCCUCUCCGCCCCACCACCCUCUUUGGAAACCCCAGCCUCUCCUCCUCCCCACCCGCCCGCUCCUCCCCCUCAUUCCCCUCCUCCUCCUCCCCCUCAUUCCCCUCCUCCUCCUCCCCCUCCUCCUCAUCUCUCUCGUCCUCCUCCCUGCCGCCCGCCCGGCUGGCGGUGUGUCGUCUGCUUCUGGGGGUGCUGGUGCGGGCGCUAGCAGUGGAGGUGGCGUUGGUGCGGCUAGCAGGUCCAACCAUGCUGCCCUCUGCUCUGAGGCUCGAUGACUUUGAUGCUGCCGUGCAGCUCAUAGUGCAAGCGGCAGGCAGGGAGCCAUCGAUCCAGUCGGACGUGGAGGCGGUGGUGGCACUAUCGCAACCAUGCGCACAACCUCUUAAUCUCCUUUUGCACUUCCUGAUCCUACAGGGGGGCGGCGCAGCAGGUUCGGCAGAUCCUCUUGGAUCGGUAUCCGGACCUGGAGGUCAGCCUCGGCAACCACCCGCCCCCCGCGUACUGCCAGGUUCUCUCGAAGCUGCUCUCCGCGGCGCAGAUGGCGGCGACCGCCGUGAUCUUCGCGGGGGACUCGCUGCUACCCGUCGUCGGCCUCCCCCCGCCCUUCCCGCAGUGGUGAGUGAGUAUCUUGAUCAGGAAUUCUUAACGCUAAGCGCAGAUGGCGGUGAUCGCCAUGGUCUUCGCGGGGGACUUGCUGCUGCCCGUCGUCGGCAUCCCGCCGCCCUUCCCGCCUUGGUGACUGAGUACGAGCAGAUCCGAACCAACCGGCUAGGCUCGGCGGCAACCGUGUGGAUUGUGGGCAACGUGAUUCACGGGUCGCUCGCCAGCACGGGCGCAUUCGAGCUCGUCCUGGACGGCCGCACGCUCUUCUCCAAGCUGGCAGAGGGCCGCAUGCCACAGGUUAAUGAAAUCAUCUCAUUGGUGGACGAUCACAUGCGGGCGCGCUCUGCUUAUACUGAGGCUCUCAAGCAGCGUCGCCAUAUCCUUCCGUCUUGCACUCGCUCCGUUUCUAGCAGCUGUGUGUCUCACCAGCCCAGGACCACCCUUUCCGGAAUUCGUAUUCCUCUCUCUCGAUCCGCUAUCAAUAAACCGGUUCCAGCGAAUCCUCUCCGACGAAACCGCGAUAUUUCCUCCUUUUCUGUCGUCGCAUCGUCCAAUCAUCAAGAUAUGGCCGGUGUAAACGCAGCUGAUGCCGCCGGUGCUGGUGAGUCCGGGCUCGUUGUGUGCUUCGGCGAAAUGCUCAUCGAUUUCGUCCCCACCGUCAAUGGCGUUUCUCUCGCCGAAGCGCCUGCGUUCAUGAAAGCUCCUGGCGGGGCGCCUGCCAACGUGGCGGUCGGCAUUGCGCGGCUCGGUGGACGCGCGGCGUUCAUGGGGAAGGUUGGGGAGGACGAAUUUGGGCACAUGCUGGGCGGGAUUCUUAAAACGAACGGCGUUGACACGUCAGCGCUCAGAUUCGACGCGGGAGCGCGCACAGCCCUCGCUUUUGUCACACUCAGAUCCGACGGCGAGAGGGAAUUCAUGUUUUACAGGAACCCUAGCGCGGACAUGCUGCUACAGCCGGAGGAGCUUGAUCUCUGCCUCGCUACAAGCGCAUCUGUGCUACACUACGGAUCCAUCAGUUUAAUCACAAAUCCGUGCAAAUCCGCGCAUCUGGCUUUACUAGAUGCUGUGGAAAGCAGCGGCAACACUGUUCUCUCGUACGACCCUAAUCUCCGGAUUCCCCUCUGGCCGUCCCCGGAAGCGGCGCGGGACGGCAUCUUGAGCAUCUGGGACCGCGCUCACAUCAUCAAAGUGAGCGACGAGGAGGUGGCGUUUCUGACCAAUGGCGGUGACCCUUACAGCGAUGACGUGGCACGGUCUCUGUUCAAUCUCAGCUUCAAAAACAGCAGCAGCGGCGAUGGUAAACAAAAGGGGAAGCUUCGGCUAUUGCUGGUAACUGAGGGGGAGAAGGGGUGCAGGUACUACACAGAGCGGUACCAGGGGAGAGUGGAUGGGUUCAGUGUUGCUGCUAUCGACACCACUGGCGCUGGUGACGCUUUUGUUGCUGGGUUUCUCCGCAAGUUAGCAGGAGGAGGCAGUGGACUUGCUGCAUUGGACUUGUUGCUUGCAGAUGAGGCUAAGCUGAAGGAAGCGAUGUUGUUUGCGAAUGCAUGUGGAGCCAUCACCACCACGGUUAGAGGUGCAAUUCCCGCUCUCCCUGAUGAAACUAGGGUGGCUCAGAUGCUGGGUUGA